AAAUGUGAAGGGGACACACUGUAAAGCAAAUCCACGUGGCUGAUCUGUUGCUCCCUCCAUAAAUAAACCACAUCGACUCCAAAAGCAUCACAUUGCACAACUCUCGGAGGAACGUGUCACAGAAUCCUCACCUCCUUCUUCGGAGUAGUCAUGGCUUCCUCGCGCGUCAGCACCAUCACCAAACUCACCACCUCUUCUCCACCAUACUUAAACUCCCCUCACUUUCUGCCACCGCCACUAAACAACAAGGUUUCUUUCCAGAAAACUCAAAACGGUGGUUCUUCAACCAUGCUCCCCAAAGCGGUGCUGGUGACCGGUGGAGCCGGUUACAUCGGUAGUCACACCGUUCUUCAGCUCCUGCUCGGCGGUUUCAAAACCGUCAUCGUCGAUAACCUUGACAAUUCCUCCGAUGUUGCAGUCAACAGGGUCAAGGAGCUCGCCGGAGAAUUUGGGAAUAAUCUCUUCUUUCACAAGGUUGACCUCCGGGACAGAGCUGCGCUGGAGCAGAUUUUUGUUUCCACAAAGUUUGAUGCAGUCAUACAUUUUGCUGGACUGAAAGCGGUAGGUGAAAGUGUACAGAAACCAUUACUAUACUACAACAACAGCUUGAUUGGGACAAUCACUCUAUUGGAAGUCAUGGCUGCCCAUGGAUGCAAGAAGCUUGUGUUCUCAUCUUCAGCCACUGUGUACGGUUGGCCAAAGGAGGUUCCAUGUACAGAAGAGUCCCCUAUAUCAGCAAUGAACCCAUAUGGACGAACUAAGCUUAUCAUUGAAGAAAUUUGUCGUGAUGUCCACCGUUCAGAUCCAGACUGGAAAAUGAUAUUAUUAAGAUACUUCAACCCAGUGGGUGCACACCCUAGUGGUCAUAUUGGGGAGGAUCCUCGCGGAAUUCCGAACAAUCUCAUGCCAUUUGUUCAGCAAGUAGCAGUUGGCAGACGGCCUGCACUGACAGUUUUUGGAAAUGAUUAUAAUACUAUUGAUGGCACUGGGGUUCGGGAUUACAUUCAUGUUGUUGAUCUAGCAGAUGGGCACAUUGCUGCACUGCUUAAACUAGAAGAAUCUGAUAUAGGUUGUGAGGUUUAUAACUUGGGAACAGGAAAGGGAACCUCAGUUUUGGAGAUGGUUAAAGCUUUUGAACAGGCCUCUGGAAAGAAAAUUCCACUUGUGAUGGCUGGCCGUAGACCUGGUGAUGCUGGAAUUGUUUAUGCAUCAACAGAUAAAGCAGAAAGGGAACUUAAGUGGAAGGCAAAAUAUGGAAUUGAAGAGAUGUGCCGUGAUCAAUGGAAUUGGGCUAACAAAAACCCCUUUGGCUAUGCAUCUCAGGAUUGAGCCGAUUAACGUUGACAAUUAUCACCUAUAUAUUAUAUAUAUGUUCUCUUUUGGGUUCUUUCUCAGGUUUGAUACACCAUAGGUUUCUUGUGAAUUUAGUUUUCCCUGAUAGAGUCUUUUGUUAAGCGAUUUGAGGGUGACAAAGUACGUGUGUUAUUAUGAUUUCUAGUUACAGGUAAAUAAGUAGUGGUUUAUCAUACUAUAAUUUAAAGGUUCUCUAGGUUACAGGUUAUUGGUUAUUAGAUUAGGGUUCUCUCAUGUUCCUCAUGAACAUGACAGAAGUAUCCUGUUUUGUAAAUCUAAACCACAUUUUAUUUAUAGUAUGACUAACAUGUAUUCUUUAUUCAGAUUAAAGAUUUCUCCCGUUUGUAUUUA